UGAUGCGUCUCUCCCAUACCUCAGCUGAGCGCACACACAGCGCAGUCUGCAGCAGCAGCGUUAGGAUGUAAUCAAUCCCACAUGUUUCAUCUAUGCGACUCGGGGAUUUUCACGUGAAUAUUUUUCUACUUUUCCCCUUCAUUCUAGCCUCAUCGCUCUGAAGCGGAUAUAAGUUACCAGACAUGAAGGGAACACUGUUUCUGCUGUGCAGUGCGCUCCGAUCAGCGAGGAGAGCGCGAAGCUCAUAAAGAGGGAUCAUAUUUAUAUUUUAUUUUAUUUUUGCGAUCUGGGUGCCUGAAACCUUCGGUGCCUCUGGAUUUUUUUCGCUUUUGCUUCGGAAUUUGUGGGGAUUUUAAAGAGCAGGAUGGAAAGCCGCGAUUUCGCCCCGCCGCACCACCUACUGGCAGAGCGGAGCGCCCUGGUGCACAGCGCCGCUUCUCGGAUAGCGCCGGGCGGCCACGGCUCCGUGCAGCACCCGGCACACUUCCAGCCCGGGAAGUACUUCUCAUCACACCUCCCCAUGGGUCCGCACUCAGGUGCUUCCUUUAUGGGCUCCUUUCUGGCCAGGAGUCUGGGGACCCCACCCUCCCAUCCCCCUCACCCCUCUGGACCUGCUGCCUCCCCUUCCUCCCCAUCCUACAGGGCUGGAACCCAUUCAAGCACUUCCCCUAUCUGGUUCCCUCAUUCACAUGAAGGGUACCCUGGCUAUUCAGGAAGUCUUGCUUCUCCUUUUCUUUCCAUGAGUGCCCUGGAUCACCAUAGCGGCAGUAUCUAUGGACAACCCCGCUACUAUGAAACACAAAAAGAUCCCUUCUACCUGAGAGGCCUUACCCCACAGUCUCCUCUGAUCUCCACCAAUCACAGCCUUCCUCCACUGUCCCGGACAGCACUAGGCCACCCACUUGGAGCUUGUAGCCGCGAGAUGGACAAUGGGGGAGGAGUUGUAAAGAGCAUGAAAGAUGUAGGUGAAAAGGGAGUUUUGUCAAAAGAGAGAGAACGCUCAAGCAGCAAAGAGCGACACCAGGAUAGCAAAGAAAAGCAGCAGCUUCACAACCACCAGCAUUCUCAUCAGAUGAACUCUGCCACCACUCCAUCUAGCCUUCACCAGGCUUACACCCACCCACACCAUGGCCUUCUUCCACAUCUUGGAAUCCAGAGCCUGGAGCAAGACCACAGAAACUCUCUAGAGCGACAUAAUGAGUAUAAAGACAGUGAUUUGGGUAGUCAGGGAGCAAAACCUAUGAGUGCCUGUAAACUGUCCAAUGGGAUUGGAUCAGAGGGAGCCUUUGAAGCAAAAGGUGGAACACUUAGCAGCUGUAGUGGUGGAGCGGCGAACAAAGCUUCAUCUGGAAACAGCAGGCAAGGCUCAAAAGAUGGAACAAUAAAUGGAGAAAUGAGGAUCAUUGAAUCCCCAACUUCUUCAUCUGAAUGUAUGCGUCGAGAAACUGUUACAGUUACAGCAUUCUUGGCCCCUCUGACCCCUCACUCCGUAGCCUCCUACUCCAUGCCUCCACCUCCUGCACCACCACCACCACCUCAUAGCUUGCACUUAGGCUCCACAAUAACUGGAGGCUGGUUACACCCUUCGAAUCCCCACCCACUUCCUGAGUUUUACUGUCCACCUGCCCCACCUCUAACACUUACACCUUCAAAAGAUCCAAUAUCCAGCCCUGGAGGAACCAACAAGGAAGCAAAGGUCAAUGGCCCAACUUAUGUGCACUCAGUUGGAUCACAAGGGGACAUGUCCGCCCCUUACUGCCAUGGAGCAGGAGGAAGGAUGGGAAAAGAAGAUAACAAUCUAGAGGGAUCCCAUGAAAUUCCCUCUCACCAUACUAGCCGCGUUAGCAGCUGCCAGAAGAAGGACAAAACCCAGCCCCACCAACAGCAGAUGGGAUACGGCAAAGCUGAUAGGCCUCCUGACUGGAGCCAGCAGAUACAUCAUUUUAACAAACCUGGCUCCAAUGGGAGCUCUAAACCUGAACUGCAUUCCUGCAGUGUAGAAUCAAAUUCUUCUUUUAAAGAUGCUGAAGUUGCAAAUGAGAUUUGCCAUCCUCUCCCACAAGAUAGUCAUCGAACAACAAAGAUCGGUCCUGAUCACGGUACUGCCUCCCUUAGGGACAUUUCUCUCUCAAGUGCAGAUGGAAAGGGGAGAUCAGGGCUUGGAACGCAAAGGGAAGGACAAAAGGUUGCAAGGAUUCGACACCAGCAACACAACAGUCAGACCACAGGCGGAGAGGAAAGGGUGAGAGAUGGUAAUCAGGCAGCAUCUUCAUGUGGAGCUAGAGGGAGUCAGCAAGAGGACCAAAGAAAAGGUAGCCAUUCAGCAUCAGUUAGUAAACAGCCUCCGCCACUACCCAGCUCCACAUCACACACAGCAGAGGGUGCGGGUGGUGCUAUGAAGAACCUAAUGAACUACAGCUCCCAGCAACCUUUGUUAUUGCCACAGCGAAGCCCAUUCGGAGGUCUAGGUUGCCUUAACAAGAGUGGGGAGAGAUCAGAGAGGGCCAGCAGAGGAGGAGCUAAAAGCACCCCCCUGCAAGACCCCUCCAAACAAUCUCUCCCUACGCGGCGGGGCUGCAAUAAUGAAGGGGAAAAGACUGACAGAGCUGCAAAGGAAACCGGAGAAGCAGGAGAGGGGGAGGUCCGCCAGCCCCCGGUGGGUAUUGCUGUUGCUGUAGCCAGGCCCCCCCAUCGUUCUCCAGACAUCACUCCUGGAAACAGCAGACAGGGCCGGGUGCUGCCCAGCCUGAAAGGGGUUUCACGUCCUGUUUAUCCUCUUGGUCGGGAGUCUGAGGAGAGGAAGAGGAUGACAGAGGACCAGAUUGGUCUUCAUCACAUGGACAGAGAGAGAGAACUGGUUAUCAGGGAAAACAAGGACUGCGUGGAGUUCGCUCGGAUCCACCCUUCCAGUAGCUGCCACGGUGAUCUGACCCCUCACCUGUUUGGAGCCAAUCAAUUAGGGGAUGCAGUGGCACAUGUUCACCCAGCUCAUCACCACUGGAUGCAGAGGACAGGAAGUCCCUCCCUCUGGAUAGGGCCUUCAUACAGUCUGAGCCACGUCGGGAUGAGCCCUGGCUUUCCACCAGCUCUUGCCAACCCUUUGCAGCCUGUCUUGGGUUCACUCAGCCAAGACCCUAACUCCCCCAUCAUGGUUCUUCCUACAGAACCAGGACCGCAUCAUCCUCUGGAUGUUCUGGAGCAGCCAGGUCUGUGGCCCUCGGUGUACGGCGCUAGGGGCCCUCCCCCUCAUCUGCAGCCCCACCCAGUGUACUCCCGCACCUCCUUCCUACAGCAGCAAGAAAUGUACGCUCUGCAGCAUCAGCACCACCAGCAACAGCAGCGAGCAAUGGAACACACACAACGACCUCCGCUGGGACAAAGAAAACUUGAGGAACGUGCAAUCACGAUAGAUGACUCUCCCAAUGGAUCUCCAACUUCCAGAGCACCAACCUCUUCAUCCUCUCCAUCUUCUGCCUCCUCCCAUGCAGCAAAACCUUUUUCUCACACCCUUCCUCCACCCAAGACCUCCACUCCAUCUCCUGGACUGUGUCCAAGCAGCCGCCAGUCGCCCUGCUACCACUCACCAUCAAGGCGUUUGGCACACCCACAGAAUCCCCUGACUCCCACUCCAAGCCCAGCAGCGGCAGCGCCACGAUCGCCAGCCCUCAGCCCUGCCCCCUCACACCCCUCCAAAGGGCUGGAUAGGUUGGGUGACAGGGGUGAAGGGCAGCCACCUCAGGACUACCCCCAGUCAUUAGAGCCAGACUUGCCACCUGUAUACAGCUUCUCUCCAGUUUCCAUGGGUUAUAAGGCCAGUGCUUCGCCUCCUGAAGCACGAGCAGCAGAGCAACCUUUGGUAGAUGAAGAGGCAGCAGGGUCUGAAACUACGCCUCUCCAGAAACAAAGUCCCAUCCAGCCUCUUACUGAAGAAACAAGGGAAGAGGAGAAUGUAGACUGCAAAGUGGUAGAGUCUGAGACUGAAACAAAAGGAUACUCCAUAUCUGAAAACCAGGACACUGGUUCUAGAUCAUCACAAAGCCCUUUCCAAGCUUCAGUCCCUGAACCAGUCUACCCAGCAGACAAAAACCUAACAGUGGAUGUUUCUGACGGGUGCUUUAUGGAGCCACUGAUGUCAAAAGACCAAGGAGAUGAUUGGGAGCAUAGCAAAAGGAAUAACAUCGGAGAGAAUGAGAAAGCAGAAUCAGAACCAGCUGAAUUUAGUGUCACUGUGCCUGCAGAGCCUGAAAAGGGGGAACAUGAUCAGUACAAUGAAACUCAUAACGUAGAGCAUAAGAAAGAGGAAGAGGAUGAGGGCAGGAAAAGUCCAGAUGAGGAAUUGGUAGAAUCAACAGUUUCUUCCCCCUCUGCUCACCUACUCCCCCCUCCCACCAUAACCACAGCAGCACAGCUGGAAGGGGCUUACAUGUGGAGCUUGGAGCUCUUGAUUGCAGCGGCUCUGUGUGCCACCAGAGAUGCCUUGUAUUCACCAGCACCAGUUCCUCAGACCCUAUGUCCUUCUUCUUACCAUGGAAUGGAGAUACUGGGAGAACUGGCUGAGCUGGAAAUAAAACAAAGAAACAUGGAGAGCAAAGAGAAGGGUGAGAAUAACUUUUUAUUGAUGUUCCUAAACUUUGUCUGUUUGUGUCAGGUGUGCCCAGUGAAGGGCUCCAUGGAGACGAUGGGGGGGGAGGAGCUGGCCAUGCGUGUCCAGCUGGCAGAGCUACAGCGCCGCUACAAAGAGAAACAGAGAGAGCUGGCCAAACUACAGAGGAAACACGACCACCAGAAAGACGAGACAUCUCGUAGCGCGGCUCGCAGGGGGCCUGGCCGUCCCCGAAAGCGCAAGUCCACCCCUGGCCCAGCUGCUGCGGAGAGCUCAAAAAGACUCAGGACUGGACCGAAUAUACUCGAACAAAGGAACAGGAAUGCUUUGUCCAAUCACAGCUUCAGCAGUCUAAGUGUCGCUCAGAUGAAAGCUCGUUGUAAGCACAGAGGUCGGCCCAGUUCUCUGAGCUCCAGGCUGGCGAGGCAGGCCACCCAGAUGAAGCAGAAAACUGGCACCCAGUGUGAUGCACCAGCAGUCAGCGGGCUGCACAGCAGCGAGGAUGAACCUUCCAAGAAUCUCUGCAGACAAGGCAGGAAAGAUCGAGAGGACAGGAUGACAGGUGAGACUGUGAUGAAGAAAAGAGGCCGAAAGCCCAAAGUGGUGAUGGGUAUCAAGCCUAACCAAGCUCAUCACAGAGACAGACGGAGCACUCAUGAUGCAAGAGGAGAUAAGAGCUGCAGCGAGAGCUCAGAGCAUGACGAGGAAGCUGACAGUGACAACAGCGAAGGCGAAACUGGUGACAUCAAGAUUAGCUCAUCCUCUAAAGGAGCUCCUGCAAACUCUGCUGGGACUUUUCCCUUUUCAGCCAUUUCUCCUAAACUCCAAGCAAAUAUGAAAGCCAGGAAUAAAAGACCUGGAACUCCCGGCAUGGGAAGUUUUUCCUGUCCCGUUCAGAAGAGCGCACCCAGACGGCCCAAUUUCAGCAACAUGGACAGGGGACAUCCAGAUCACACUAAUAAAGCCUCCCCCCCAAGCUGGGAUGUGCAGUCACAGGGCGGCAACUUUGGGGACAGCCACAUCAACCACAUGGCUCUGAAGGAGGCAAAGAGACACAGGAAAGACAAUGAGAGGAAGACUUCUGCAGGACAGGGCUUAAGGGGAAAGGGAAAGGGUCAUGGUGUCAGCAGGCUCCUGCAGAGCUUCACGGCGGAUGAAGGUUUCCGUUUGGAUGAGGAGAGCAGCUUCUCUGAGGAAGAAGAGGAGGACGAGGAGGAGAGGAUGGAGGAGCAGCCAUUGUCCCACCUCCCCCCCAACAUGCCCUCCAGAAUACCAACUCUGCCAAACUGCGUGCUGAGUAAAGAGAUGCUGGUAGAUGGCCUGAAGAUCCUAAUCUCUAAGGAGGACGAGCUUCUCUAUGCCGCCUCUGUUCAAACCCUGGACCUGCCUGACAUAUUCAGUGUUGUCAUUGAAGGGGAACGAGGAAAUCGCCCAAGAAUCUACUCACUGGAGCAGCUACUCCAGGAAGCUGUGUUAGAUGUGCGACCCCAGACUGAGGUUAUCCUAACCGAGGGAACGCGGGUUUGUGCUUACUGGAGCGAGCGCUCUCGCUGCCUUUACCCUGGUUAUGUCCACCGGGGAGGACCGGGUGAGGAGGAGAAGGAGGGGAGUGUGAUGGUGGAGUUUGACGAUGGAGACAGAGGAAGGAUCUCCCUUGCAAACAUCAGACUUCUUCCCCCCGGAUAUCAAAUCCGCUGUGCGGAACCCCCUCCUGCUCUCCUGAUCUCUCCAGGCCAUCGGGGGCGACGAAGCUCUACAGUGGAGAAAAAAGAUGCCCUUGCAGAGAAACUAGGAAAUGAGGAGGCAGGAGUGAAGCCUCAGGAAAAAAGACCAGUUGGCAGGCCGAAGAAAACCUACACAGUGCCAAAGAGAGCCAACACGUCAACUUCAGCAACAGACUCUGCAAUAAAGGGAAAUGCUUCACUGUUGAACUGGUCUAUUCCCAGAAAGAGACCGCCAGUCGACUUCUUCCUCUUCAAUGGGACGUCCCGUAAGACCCAGAAGAAGAUUAGAGAGCGGGAUUUGGGCUUGUUUCACAGGCCAGCCCUGCAUUCUCUAGCACCAACAACCCCAGUUAAAAGCAUUUUUGGUACUGCGUUUGAGGUUGACUCAUUCAGCAGCAUUGCUAAUGGCUACUCAACCUUUGGAAAUGGUGGAGGCUCUGGAGCUGGGAGACCCGUUACCGCCAUGGGUUCCAUGGGCCUUCGAGACUCGCCUUGUUCUUCAUCUGUUACCAUGUCGACAGCAGCUGGGAGCCACAAGCCUCUGAGUGAGCGUGACAGAAAACACUUCUUAGUGAAGCUUGACCAUGAAGGAGUGACAUCCCCAAAAACAAAAAACGGUAAAGCUUUGCUUCGACUCGGAGGGGUUGGAGGGAGAGGUGUAAAAAGCCAGGCUUUUGCAGGGGCGCCACUUCGAUACAUCCAACCUUCUCUUCUUGCCAAACAUCAAAAGAAGGUGGGAGAGGAGCGAGACAGUCCCAGACCUCGAUCAGAGACUCUUUCAAACAGUGUUCCACCACAGAGAAAAGACAUUCUCUCUGCUGGUCUUGGAGCGAAAGGUGUGGACUACAGCUUGGAAUACCCUAGUGACUGCCCAAGCUCCUAUUCUGAGCUGGAUGAGGACGAUGAGGAUGAUAGUCAAGUAGCUCGAAGAAGAAGAGCCGCCAUCUCCUCCCACCGCGGCGGCCGUUUUCUAUCCCGUCCAUCCAUCUGCUUCUCCUCGUCUUCCUCCUCCUCUUCUUCUUCAGGUUCCAUUUCCUCCUCUUCCUCUCUUUGUUCCUCUGACAAUGACUCCUCUUACUCAUCUGAUGAAGAGUCCUCCUCUGUGCUGCUGCGACGGGCUCUUCUGCAGCAGGACAAACAGAAAAACAGGCAGAACGCGAAUCUCCAGAGCCCGGAUCCCACAACAUCCAGCCCAUCAUCAGCACCAGCUAAUGGCUAUAUCACCAAGGCCAGUGUAACUGUUAGAGGGUCAAAAGUGAGAGCUGACAGAUUGGAGGACAGGAAGGAGUACAUCUCCAAAGGAAUCAUGAUGGUCGACAACAGAAUGAAUAAAAUGCAGCUGAAGAGGAAAGAAAGUGUUUCUAAUGACCAUCAAACCCAAGGCAGCCCUGUUAGCCAGCAGCUGAAACCUGCAUCAAAGGAUUUAGGAGUAACCAAGAAGCAGAGGAUGUCUUCACCUGAACCUCUUCCUAAAAUGGCCUCCCUGUUACCUGGACGCCAGCUCUGGAAAUGGUCUGGCAAUCCCACACAGAGAAGAGGUCUUAAGGGUAAAGCUCGUAAGCUUUUCUACAAGGCCAUCAUGCGGGGCAAGGAGAUGGUGCGUGUCGGUGACUGCGCUGUGUUCCUGUCACCUGGUCGACCCCAGUUGCCCUAUGUGGGUAGAGUGGAGAGCCUCUGGGAGUCCUGGAGCUCCAGCAUGGUGGUCAGGGUCAAGUGGUUUUACCACCCAGAGGAAACUCGCCUGGGAAAGCGACACAGUGAUGGCAAGAACGCUUUGUACCAGUCGAGCCAUGAGGAUGAGAACGAUGUGCAGACCAUCUCUCAUCGCUGCCAGGUGGUCAGCAAGGCAGAGUACGACCAACUGACGCGCGAACGCAAGCCGGAAAGCCCGUCCAAUGACCUGUUCUACCUGGCAGGAACCUAUGAGCCCACUACAGGCCAGCUGGUCAGCGCAGACGGCAUGGUCAUCCUGUCCUAGCACCGCCAACAGUAACAGGAAAUUCAACUGAACCUUCGCUGGAGUUUAUCCUGACAGAGGCAAACCCAUGUUGGUUUUAUGGUGUGAACUGCUUUUCUUGGCAGAAGAAUGAACCAACGUAACGGUGAUAAAGAACAGUUAGUUGUUUAGAAGAAAGAGCUGGUUCAUCACUGAUUUAAUGAUCCAGAUUUUUAACUCUUCUCUUUGGCUGUUUCAUUUGACAUGAAAUGAUUGCAGCAACCAAAGCAGAGAACCUAAGGACAUGAGCACUUUGGAGUAUUACAAAGGGAAAGCAUCUGAAACAGAGACAGAAAACAGGAUAUGCUGUAAACCACACUAGUUUAGAUGGUAAUGGUCUCUGAACAAUGUAGGACAAUGCUAUAUAAAAGAAACCCUGAUAGGACCAAUAAACACUUUAGUUUGGACUUAAAGUGUUUGCUGAGUGACCGUUAUGGCGUUAACAUCUCAGUGCUUCAACACAUGUUUGUACAGUAUUUCGGACAUUAUGCAUGUCAAACACGAUGUCACGAUCCAAAGUGGGUAUGUCUCUGAUACUCUAAUAAUCAAAUCAGUGCUUAACUUUAUUUUUAUUUUAGUCAUUGUGACUGAACAAGUUUUCCUCCUUUUAAGCCAUACACAUCAAUACCUCUCUAUCUCCGUCUCUGUUGUAUCAGCCUAAAUGGCGCAAAGACUCAUGUGCAGGCAGUAGAUUGUUUUUUGAGCUGCGUGUGUGCCUGGGUGAAUGUGUGUGUGCUUUGUACAGCCUUCCAUGUAGAAUAAAACACUGUAUAUAGUAUAUAAAUAUAUAUAAAUAUAUAUAUAUAUAAAUAUAUAAAUCUAUGUUCAUGCGGUUCCUUUGCAGAGAUUAUUUUGUUUUUUAGUUUUUUUAGGGAUGGUGGGGUUUUUGUUUGGGGGGUGGGGAUUUGCUGCAGAGAUAAAGGGUGGGAUCGUGUUUCCUUCUGUAUAAAUGCACUGAAAAUGACUAGAUGUUUGAGUUUGGGAUGAAACCGCAACCACAACAAUGCUUAUAAGGCUGUAAACCCUUGCUCUUGGCAGAAAGGUAAAUAUGUAGAAAAGGAAUUUGGAAUAAGUUUGUAUACAUGUUUACUUAUUAUUGUAUUCCUUAUGUUUGUUUUAAUUAUGUUCGAGUUAGAUUUUUCAUUUCCUUUUAUUUCUGUUCAGAAAAUACUGGAAAAGAAACCUGCAUUUCUGCCAGGGUCCUUCAAAAAAAAAAAAAAAUCUAGUCCUUUUCCGUUUUAGGAUUUGUUCCUAUGGAAAACGAAGAGGUUUAUCUGGCAGCAAAAAAGAAACAUACCAAAGGACUUGUGACUUUACACUACACCACAUUAGACUAACGACACUUUAAAAGUCGUUCAAUCAGUUCUGAUACUGAAACUCCUGUAAUCUCAGAGGGAUUCUUCUCGUCCUGUUUGGAUUCAUCCAAUGUUUGCAGAGACAAUGUUUGUGCACCGCCCAGUUGAUGCACUUGAAGUCUCUAUGGCAACCAGUAUGGCAUCACAUGACUGUGAAGGACAAUCAAAGCCAAUCAAUGGGACAAUGUUAGAGACAAAAAUACAAGAUAAAGGAUCAAAUCACAAAUUUAAGCUUCUUGUCACUUUUAUUCAUGCUUUGCCAAAAAUGUCUGAACAUUUUGUGUUUUUGAUGCUUUUGAUUUAUUUUUCCAAUCAUUUUCUUGUAUAUGCAAGCCUGGAUGACUGUUUGUUGUAUAGGAUGUACAGGAGGACGAACAUGAAUGCCUUUUUCUCUUUUUAGGACUGACUGACUGACUCUUAACAGCACUUUUGCUGUUACACUGCAAGCAAAAGCUUUAAAGGAACCUAAUGUGAAACUCAGCUUUGAAUUAUUGCUUUUAUGGGUCUUUAAUUUUUUUUUAAAGCUGUAUUUUUCUUUAAAAACACUGGAUUAAACUCUGAUCACAAUUAUUUGGACAGGGCAACAUCAAGGUUUUUUUUAAGACCCACUGGAACCUGUAAUGUAUGGUUAAAAUAACCUAUCAAAAUAUAUUAUGUAAUUUCAGUCAUUCUUUGGAAAUUUGACUUAAAUAUUUCAUUGUGUAAAAAAGAAAAAAUAUUUAUCUUAAUUUUAUUGCCUUUUGUGUUUCAUUAAAAAGAGGAUUCCUAAGAAAUAAAG